AUGAAUAAGGAAGUGUGUGAAAAGUUCCAGGAGGUAAGGAACUCACUUUCCGAUAAAUUGAGUAAUGGAAGCUAUAAUUUUAAAGAUGAUAAAUUUUUAAAUGAUUAUUGUAAUAGUAAUCAAUGUCAAAGUUAUUUCGAUAGAAUAAGUGCUGGAUGUUUAUAUUUGUUGUAUCAAUUCUAUAACGAUUCUGGUAUAUUCCCCUCUCCAAAAAAUAAUAACCGCUAUAUUGUUGAUUACAUUUUGAUAUGGUUAAGUUAUAUGUUAAACCUGACCAAUAGUGAAGAAGACAAUAUAAAGAGUUUUUAUAGUGCAUACAUAAAUAGUUGUGAUCAGUAUAAGACGCAAAUAAAUGAAUUAUCCGGUUAUGAUAAUUAUAAGGAUCUUAUAGAUGAAAGAAAGGAUUUGUUGUAUAUGGAUAGUAAUAUUGUAUCUAAAUUUUAUGAAGCAUUAAAAUCAUUAUGUAAAUUGUAUAAUGAACUUGGUAACAAUAAAAAUUGCGAGAAUUAUUUGGAAGAUAAUGAAUUUGAUAAAAAAUAUAAUGAUCUUAAAGAUUCUGAUAUUACUAAUAGCAGUAUAUAUAAAGAAAUGUUGUCUACUUUAUCAACUGAUUAUGAACAUUUUAAAAAGGAAUGUAAACAUAUUUUAUCCCCUCCACCGGAAAAAACAAAAGAAAAUCUUGGACAAACUCUUGUACGUAGUUCUGGACAAGAUGUAGAUUAUUUGGGACAAAAUGUAGAUUAUUUGGGACAAGAUGUAGGUGGUUUAGGACAAGAUACAAAUAGUUUUGAACAAAAUGCAGAUAAUUCUGAUGUUGCAUCAUCAAGUUCAUCGAUAGUAAGCAAAUUAAUUCCAGUUUUAUUGAUAAUUGGUGCAAUACCAAUUUUUUUGGGAAUUUCUUAUAAGUAUUCGUUAUUUGGAUUUCGGAAACGAUCUCCAAAACAUUUAAGAGAAAAGCUAAAAAAAUAA